AUGCGUUUGCAGCUAUAUAGAAGAAACGCAAGUGCGCCGGAGAGCAUUUCUGGGCUGGCUGUAAAUACGAAAUACAUUGCCACUGUAAGAAGCAGCGGAAUGGUCGAAAUAUUCAGCAAUCCAAGUUUAUUCAAAAUUGUAGCCAUUGACGUGGGGAUGAAAGACGUCCAGUCUGCGGAGUUUAACGGUGAUUUGCUGAUUAUUACUUCCCUGUCUGAGGGAGUACUCUAUCUGGACACCAACACAUUUGGCAUCAGAAAGUGCAAGAGAGAGGGUGCCUGGAGAGUGUGCUGCGAGAACGGAAGCCAGCUGGUGAUAUACAGCUUGGUGGAGGGCGGCUCGGAAGUCUACGUGGACGAUGUUUUUGUGUAUAGAAGUGCGGGGUACAUAGUAUCUGCAUGUUUUGGCCGAGAGAAGGGAGAGUACUUAUUCGGCACAAAAACCAGCCGGUUUGUGAGGGUGAAGGGCGGAAAGGCCUGCCUUGACAUGCAGCUGAACAACAAGUCCAAGACAGCCGCAAUAACGGGCAUUGCGCAUGUGGUUGGCGGAGAGUAUGCGAUGUGCACGCUGGAGGGAGACCUGUACAUCGUGGACGUGGACGAGGCUGCGGUCAAGCAGGUGAUAGAGGUCAGAGGCAGCGCUUUGAAUGGCGUGUGCACGAUUGGAGAGCGAGUUUUCAUGUCCGGCGCCGACUCUAGGGUUGUGUGCUACUCCAAGACUGCGCGGUACUACACAAAGGAGUCGCAGAAUGACAUGGGCGUUUCCGACUGUCUUUUCAUAAAGGAGUGCAAUGGAAACAUAAUAACAGCUACUGACGACGGGUGUGUGACCGUGGGAAAUAUUCCGAAGGUGGAGAGGACUUUCAUCCUGAAGAUGUACCAGGACAGGCCGUGUGCGUACGGGAACUCAAAGAUGUACGCGGCAGAGGGCCAGGAAAUGCUUAUUUACGAUGUUGCAGAGGAAAGCGACAAGACCACGCUCAUUUUCAAACACAUAACAAAAAGCCCUAUUCUGGAGGUGGCAGCAGUUGACUUUGGAGCCGUGGUCAGAACAAGGGAGGGGCUUAGAGUGUACAGGUACGACUGGAGCAAGAACGCAGUCUCUGUAGAAAGACAGAUAAAGGGCUUUGUUUUGCGCUUCUCUGUUAUAGGCGGAAACAUCUGGUACGUUUAUGAAAAGAAAAAGUGCCUGAUUCUUUCCGUUGUUUCGGCUGAAAAGGAGAAAGCAGAGGCCUCCCAGAAAACGUGGACUCUUAGCAAAAUAGGAGUGGACUUUAUCCCGUCCAGCAUAUCACAGGGAAGCGGGGAGGAAAUAAUCAUCUCCGGCCAGAGCGUGGUCUUGCUCAACCCAGAGAGCGGAGAUUUCCGAAAGAUAGAGAGCCCGGGCACCCUGUACUUUUUGGCUGCAUGCCGGGCAGGCAAGGUGCACUGUGUUGGGUACAAAACAGACUCUGAGAUACGCAAGUCUCUGGUUAUGGUGACCCACUCGCUUGACGGGGGCAUUUUGGAAAGCAGAGACAUUUCGUCGAAGCUCCCGAUUGUUGGAGUGUACACCACCGAAAAGGCUAUUUUGCUCGCAUCUCAGGGCCUAAUAAAGAUGCUUUCCGACGAGGAAGAGAAGAAGAUUUACGUCCAUUCAGUGGUUGAUGGCAUGUGCGUGUCUGAGAGCAGAGUUGUAGCCAUACAGAGGCCGUGGGAGUUUACAAAGCAGAAACUUCCACUGCAAGUAUUUAAGGAAAAAUAUGGAAGGCGAUAG